AUGGAACUCAACCGCGAACAUUUUCGCGCCAUAAUUUAUUACAACUUUCAGAGACAAUUAUCGCAACAAGAAUGCCUUGCUCAGGUACUGUCUGUUUUCGGCAACGAAGCGCCACAUCAGUCGGCAAUUUCCCGUUGGUAUGGAGAAUUCAAACGUGGACGGGUGAGUCGUAGCGACGAUCCCAGGGUGGGAAAACUCAUCAUUGAAGAUAGACAUGUAACAUAUCGCGAGUUUGAGGCGUCCUUGAAGAUCUCAAAGACCUCAAUUCAAAAAAUUUUACAUGAAGAAUUAGGAGUUAGAAAAUUAGUUUCUCGUUGGAUACCCCACCUGUUGACUGAAGAGCAGAAAGCAGCCAGGGUUAAUUGUUGUGAUGAAUCGUGGAUUUACUGUUAUGAACCAGAAAAUAAACGACAGUCGGCUGUUUGGGUGUUCCAAGGUGAAGAAAAGCCAACAAAAAUGGUCGCGACAUUUGUGUCAAAAGCGGGUCAUAUUGCAACAAUUCCUCUUAAUGAGCAAAGAACUAUUACUGUGGAUUGGUAUACCACCAUUUGUUUGCCAAAAGUCAUCACCGAGCUUCGAAAAAUCAACCCCGAAAGAAGAAUCAUCCUCCACCAAGACAAUGCAAGCUCACACACAGCCCAAAAAACAAGGCAGUAUUUAAUGGAAGAAAACGUGGAAUUAUUGGACCAUCCUCCAUAUAGUCCCGAUCUAAGUCCUAACGAUUUCUUUACUUUCCAGAAAAUUAAAAACAAACUGCGUGGUCAAAGGUUCCAGUCGCCAGAAGAAGCAGUUGACGCAUUGAAAAAUGCCGUUUUCGAUCUGCCAGCAAACGAGUGGAAUAAGUGCUUCGGAAAUUGGUUCGAGCGCAUGCAGAUGUGUAUUAAUCUUCGUGGAGAAUACUUUGAAAAACAAUAA